CUUCUGUUCCCUUGGGUUGUGUUCUAAGUGCGCGUGCGCGGCGUCCUAAUCUCCUCACUAGCACCCAGUGGCGUUGGCGAAGGAGUUCGGAAGUUCAAAAUGGCCGCGGCGACGGUAAUGGAGUUAGCAGUGCGGGGACGCGGCAUUGAAGAUGCUGAUAUUUCUGAGAAGAGUGCAAAUGAAGAAAAUGGGGACAUUUCAGAGGGAGACCAACCUCAAACCCAGCACAGCCGACAUAAAAAGAAGAAACACAAACAUAGAGGCAAACACAAGAAACAUAAACAUUCUUCAGAAGAAGAUAAGGACAAAAAGCAUAAACAUAGGCACAAACGUAAGAAACAUAAACGAAAGGAGGUUGCUGAUACCUCUGAUAAAGAAGAUGGACCAGCAAAAAGAACUAAGAUUGAUUUCUUAGCUCCUCUAGAGGAUUUAGAGAAACAAAGAGCAUUACUUAAAGCUGAACUUGAAAAUGAACUAAUGGAAGGAAAAGUUCAGUCUGGGAUGGGAUUAAUACUUCAGGGUUAUGAGUCAGGUUCUGAAGAAGAGGGAGAAAUCAAUGAUAAAGUGAGAAAUGGGACUAGAUCGGCAACAAAAUCAUCAAACAUUAAGGGGAAACUAGAGAGUGUGGACCUUAAAACUAGUUCAAAAAAACGAAGUAAGAGCAGAUCAAAAGAACGGACUCGACAUAGAUCUGAUAAAAAGAAGAGUAAAUCAGGAGUUGAUGGAGUAAAAGAGAGAAUAACUAGAAGUAAAUCAAAAGAGCGGAGAAAAUCGAAAAGCCCUUCUAAAAGAACAAAGUCACAGGAUCAAGUAGGUAAGUCAAAAUCUCCCACCCUUAAAAGGCGCUCCCAAGAGAAAAAUAGGAAGUCCAGAUCUCCUCCGGAGGAUAAGCCUAAAGCAGAAGAUAAGAUUAAGUCAAGAGAUCGUAAAAGAUCUCCAGUUGUUAAUGAAAAUAAAAGCAGAGAUCGAGGCAAAAAGUCGAAGUCUCCAGUAGAACAAAGGAGCAAAUCCAAAGAUAGACGAUCAAGGUCUAAAGAUCGGAAAUCCAGGAGGACAGAAAAUGAAAAAGAAAAGAAGCCCACUAAGUCUCCUUCUAAGGAUGCAUCAUCUGGGAAAGAAAACAGAUCCCCUAGCAGGAGGCCUGGACGUAGCCCUAAAAGAAAAAGUUUAUCUCCAAAACGAGAAAAGCCAAGGCGCAGCAGAUCGCCUCUCCUGAAUGAACGCAGAUCGAAACAGAGUAAAUCACCAUCCCGAAAUCGGUCUCCUAAUAGGAGAGCAAAGAGCAGAUCACCAGAGAGGAAAAGAAGAGAAUCUGAAAGGAGACGUUUUUCUUCUCCCAGAACACGAACUAGAGAUGAUAUUCUCUCUAGACGUGAGCGAUCAAAGGAUGCCAGCCCACCUAGGUGGUCCCCAUCCAGAAGACGAUCCAGAUCUCCUAUUCGACGAAGAUCUCGUUCACCUCUUCGUCGUAGCCGAUCUCCAAGAAGGAGGAGUAGAUCUCCUCGAAGAAGGGAUAGAGGUCGAAGAAGUAGAUCACGUCUUAGAAGAAGAUCCAGGUCACGGGGUGGCCAUAGACGGAGGAGUCGAAGCAAAAUAGAGGAUAAAUUCAAAGGAAGUCUUUCUGAAGGGAUGAAAGUUGAGCAAGAAUCCUCGUCUGAUGAAAACCUUGAAGACUUUGAUGUUGAAGAAGAAGAUGAAGAGGCUCUGAUAGAACAGAGGAGAUUACAGAGGCAAGCAAUUGUGCAGAAAUACAAGUACUUAACUGAAGAUAGUAAUAUGUCUGUGCCAUCUGAACCAAGUAGUCCUCAGAGCAGCACUCGCAGUCGGUCAAACUCUCCUGAUGACAUUCUCGAAAGGGUAGCUGCUGAUGUUAAAGAAUAUGAACGGGAAAAUGUGGACACCUUUGAGGCUUCAGUGAAAGCUAAGCACAACCUCAUGACAGUUGAGCAGAAUAAUGGUUCAUCUCAAAAGAAGGUCACUGCUCCUGACAUGUUUACAGAAUCAGAUGAUAUGUUCGCUGCAUACUUUGAUAGUGCACGCCUUAGAGCUGCUGGCAUUGGAAAGGACUUCAAAGAAAACCCCAACCUCAGGGACAACUGGACAGAUGCAGAGGGGUAUUAUCGUGUUAACAUAGGUGAAGUUCUAGAGAAACGUUAUAAUGUGUAUGGCUACACUGGCCAAGGCGUUUUCAGUAAUGUGGUGAGAGCCAGAGAUAUGGCAAGAGCAAACCAAGAAGUAGCUGUCAAAAUCAUUCGAAACAAUGAACUUAUGCAAAAAACUGGUUUAAAAGAACUGGAAUUCUUGAAAAAGCUCAAUGAUGCAGAUCCUGAUGACAAGUUUCAUUGUCUACGAUUGUUUCGGCAUUUUUAUCAUAAGCAGCACCUCUGUCUGGUAUUUGAACCACUUAGUAUGAAUUUACGAGAAGUACUGAAGAAAUAUGGGAAAGAUGUUGGUCUCCACAUAAAGGCUGUACGAUCCUACAGUCAGCAGCUGUUUCUGGCAUUGAAACUUCUUAAAAGAUGCAACAUAUUGCAUGCUGACAUCAAACCAGACAAUAUUUUGGUGAAUGAAUCUAAAACCAUUUUAAAACUAUGUGACUUUGGAUCAGCUUCACAUGUUGCUGAUAAUGACAUCACACCGUAUCUUGUCAGUCGAUUUUAUCGUGCUCCUGAAAUUAUUAUAGGCAAAAUCUAUGACUACGGUAUAGAUAUGUGGUCUGUAGGCUGUACAUUAUAUGAACUUUACACAGGAAAAAUACUGUUUCCGGGAAAAACCAAUAAUCAUAUGUUGAAACUUGCUAUGGACCUCAAAGGAAAGAUGCCAAACAAGAUGAUCAGAAAGGGCGUGUUUAAAGAUCAACACUUCGAUCAAAAUCUCAACUUCAUGUACAUAGAGGUAGAUAAAGUGACGGAAAGGGAGAAAGUAACCGUCAUGAGCACCAUUAAUCCAACAAAAGACCUACUAGCAGAUUUGAUUGGGUGCCAACGCCUCCCUGAAGAUCAGCGCAAAAAGGUUCAUCAGCUGAAGGACUUGUUGGACCAGAUCCUCAUGUUAGACCCAGCUAAGCGGAUUAGUAUCAACCAGGCUCUGCAGCAUGCUUUCAUCCAGGAGAAAAUUUAAAUCAAGUGAAGAUGUUCAAAGGGUUUGAAUAGUUAAUAUACAAAGACUGAUGAAAUAUCUCAUAAAUUUCUAAGUGUACAUAAAACUUAUAAAUAAUUUCCCUGCAAAGUUGAGGAAGAAUGAUAUAUUUGAAUUAACACAAAGGUGGAUAUUUCUUUUAGAAAUGUUAGCGUAAAUCUGUUUGUUUCUUAUGUGAAGAUUCUUUCACCAUAGAACUGUUUUAAUUGCCAUGACUGCACAGAAAUACAAUGCUAAUGUAUAUGGUUGCAGUUCUUAUAAUAUAAUAUAUAAAUAUAUAUAUAAAUACAUAAAUACACAUACACACAUUUACACACUUGUUCUCUAAAUAUAUAAACAACACAAACUCUUACAAACUAUUAGUAAAACCAGGUGGUUGAUUAUGGUUUUUAGCAGAUUGGCUUCAUUUUUGCUCUGAAAAAUGGCCAGCAUAAAUGCUAUUUAUAUUACAUUUUCCUAGGUGUGUGCGUGCAGGCCACAGCAGCAUGCCCUUGGUGUAGUCAGUGUCGAAGGGGGUCUUUUCCUUCUUGAGCCUGCCCGCAGGGAUGGUCUCCUCUUUUAAAGCAGGUUGCGUACAACUUUCAGUACACUGAAGGUAAGCUAAACCAUCAACAUCACUGGAGUUUAAGAUGUUACUUGUACUGGAGCAACUGACAAAUGAGGUUCACUAGUUUUGUAGCAGAAUUCCCCUGCAUGUUUUAUAAAUGAUCUUGUUUUUGUUUUCUGGCAUUACAACUGUGGCAUAAUUCCAGCUUCUGUUUGAUCAUCCCAUUCAGAGAAAAAAAUCUGGGGAAGUGUGCACUUGAUGGAGAGAGCGCCUUCAGUGUACUGUGUAUUACUUUCAUUUUUUUAAAAAAAAUCAACUUGCUAUAUAGACUUUAUACCUUUUGUUAAAUACAGUUCACUAUGGCAUAGAACCAGUACUUGAAAGAAGCUUUCAUUUACUAAUAACAAAUGUUGAGCUCUGAUUCUAAAAGUCUUUAUCUCCUUGUGGCCAGAUUAAAACAAAAAAAAACCACAAUUCAGUUUUUAGCUAUUUGUAUGUCAUAUGAAAGUGUACUGCUAUAUGCUAAAGGUGUUUUCAUUUGUUCAUUGUUUUCAUUCUUUGUGAUCAUGUUGUCUUUCAAUACAGGCAUAAACCUUCCACUCUUGAACAAAGCAGCUGCUUUUUAAAAGCGGUAAUUGCUUCUUUACCUUUUAUUUCUUUUGUAAAUGAAGCUUUCUUUAAGAAAUGUGACUUUAAAGUGUUGUCUCUUGCAUAAAACAGUUGACAUUCACUUAUUGUAAAGUGAAGAUUGUUCUGCUGCAUGUAAAGUGGACCAUGCAGAUUUCUGUAUGUUUUCAGUAUGCAUCGUUAGAUAAUAAAGUCUUUUGUGAACAAGGCA